AUGCCCAAGACGAAGGUGCACCCCAACGCCGCCGCCGACCCAGUCCCGGUCAGCACCAGCGGCGCGUGCACAGGCUGCGCGGCGGCGCCCGACGAGGCGGAGCCGCCCACGGUGCUGACGGUGUGGCGCAAGUCGCUGCUCUUCAACUGCGACGGCUUCACCGUCUACGACGCCAGCGGCGACCUCGCCUUCCGCGUCGACUCCUACGACGCCUCCGGCCGCCGGCGCGCCGAGGUCGUGCUCAUGGACGCCACGGGAACCCCGCUCCUGACCGUCCGCCGCAAGAGGAGGCUCGGCAUGAUGGCGGAGCGCUGGGUCAUCUACGACGGCGACGCCGCCUCGGAUGCCGAGGCGGAGCGCCGCAACAGCAAGCCGCUCCUCUCCGUGCGCCGCCACAGAAGGGCGUCGUCGAAGGAGAAGGCGCUGGCCUACGUGACGCCCCUUGUGCCAGCCUCCUCCUCGUCAGGCCGCCGCACCACCGCCGAGGCCAAGGCAUCGUACGUGGUGGAGGGCUCGUACGGGCUGCGCGCCUGCGCCGUGCGGGACACGCUCGGGGACGCCGUGUUGGCCGAGGUCCGCCGGAAGGAGGCCGUGGUGGGGACGACGUGUUCCGCCUGGUGGCGGACCCACGCCUCGGCGCGACGCUUGCCAUGGGCCUCGUCAUCGCCCUCGAUGAGAUGUUCGCCGUUGGCCGGUCCGCGCGGUCGUCGUCCCUGCUGCGCAGCAGGACAUGGUCGGUGUAGCCGGCAGCUGCAACGUUAA